CUGAGUCUCGGUGGCGGGAGUCAGUCCUCAGCGCCGCAGGAGCGGCAGAAACAAAAAGCUGGCUGAUGUAGGGUGCCAGGCAGGGGCAGCCGGAGCAGCUGGCACGGCACGCUGCCCGGGGGGGGGGGCGCGACGGACAGCCGUGCUUGGUAGAGGCUGUCUCGCAAAGCUGCCCGGCCUUUUCAAGAGCGAUGAAGUCUGAAGAAGACCCCGAAGAUGGAGGGAACCUGACCGGGGACCCGAGCUAAGCGGAGGAUGGCCCAAGUGGAACGCAGGAGGGUGGGGGAGUUCUAGCUUCCGACAGAGAAGCUCGCUGGGACUCUGGCUGGCCGCUUCCCCCCGUCUGGUACCUGCGUGCCAAAUGCCUUGUUUGUUCUUAGCAGCAGAGACUUGGGAGCUCUAGGAUGAGUCGUUGGUUUUCCUGUGCCCUGAAAAACACACUGACUGCAGACUGGAACAAAUACGAUGACCGGCUAAUGAAGGCAGCUGAACGGGGUGAUGUGGAGAAGAUCGCAUCGGUCCUUUCGAAAAAGGGGGUGAAUCCCACCAAGUUGGAUGUGGAAGGGAGAUCAGCAUUCCACGUUGUAGCCUCAAAGGGGAAUCUCGACUGUCUGAAUACCAUUCUUGUACACGGAGUUGACAUUGUCGCUACUGAUGCCGCAGGAAGGAAUGCUCUGCACCUGGCUGCCAAAUAUGGGCAUGCACUCUGCCUGCAGAAACUGCUGCAGUACAACUGCCCGACAGAAAAUGCCGACCUCCAGGGCCGAACUGCUCUGCACGAUGCAGCCAUGUCCGACUGCCCCUCCAGCAUCCAGCUGCUGUGCGAUCACGGAGCCUCGGUGAAUGCCAGAGACGGAGAUGGAAGGACGCCACUGGUGCUGGCCACUCAGAUGUGCCGUCCAAUCAUAUGUCAGCUCCUGCUCGACAGAGGUGCUGAUGUCAACGCGAGAGACAAGCAGAACCGGACUGCUCUGAUGUUAGGCUGCGAAUACGGCUGCAAGGACGCCGUGGAGGUCUUGCUCAAGAACGGUGCCGAUGUCUCGUUGGUGGAUGCCCUCGGCCACGACUGUUCUUACUAUGCAAGGAUCGGCGACAGUGUCGAUAUUUUGCAGCUAAUAAAAGCUGCCUUUGAGGAGUCCAGCAAGACGAGUUACGAAUUUAUGAAGAAAGGGCAGCCCGUAUUAAAGGCGACCAACAUGCUGCCAAAGUGGAGCCUGCCCAGCACCCCGGAGGAAGCCGCCUUCAAGCCGUAUCAGAAGGAGCACCGGAAUGUCCAGGAACUGGAGAGGGAGAACGAAGACUUGAAGGGCAGGAUGCGGGAGAUCCAGCAGGAGCAUCGGAUCCUUCUGGAGAGGAUAAACGGGCUGCAGCUGCAGCUGAACGAGGAGCAAAUGGUUGCUGAUGAUCUUGAAAGCGAGAAGGAUGAACUCGGGAGGCUCCUGACGGCGAAGGAGAAGCAGCAGGAAGACAGCUUGCGAACUCUUGAGGCUCUGAAGUCGAAGCUGAGGUUUUACGAGAGUGACCACGGAGUGCCUGGAAGUGGCUUUGGGAACAGGAAAGAAGAAGUUCUGCUCAAGCAGGGUUCGGGAUAUUCUGUGGAACAGCAGCACGGAUCUGCCCUGCCGUCGACUAAUUUGCAGAGCAGGUCCAUGGUGAGGCCUCUGGAGCUCUCCGGUCCGAGUCAUCCUCACGCCUCGGAGGCCGAAGCCCUGAAGCGCGAGCUGAGCCACCUGCGGAGCUGUUACGAGACCGCCAAAGGUGAGACGGGCAAGCUGCAGGUGGAGCUGUCCCACAAGAGCGCGGAGUGCCGGGCCCUGGCGUCCGAGUGCGAGAGGACCAAGCAGGAGUCCGACCGGCAGAUCAAGCAGCUGGAAGACGCCCUGAAGGACGUCCAGAAGAGGAUGUUUGACUCGGAAGGGAAGGUCAAGCAGAUGCAGACGCAUUUCCUGGCCCUGAAGGACCACCUGACGAGCGAGGCGGCGGCGGGCGGCAGCAAGGUGGCGGAGGAGCUGAGGGGGCAGCUGCAGGAGCUGAAGGCCAAGUACGAGGGGGCCUCGGCGGAAGUGGGGAAGCUGCGGAACCAGCUGAGGCAGAACGAGCUCCUGGUGGAGGAGUUCCGGCGGGACGAGGGGAGGCUGCUGGAGGAGAACAAGCGGCUGCAGAAGGAGUCCGGCAUGUGGCGGGUGGAGCGCGAGAGGAAGGAGAGGAGGCUCUCGGAGGCCGAAGGCCAGCUGAAGGAGGCGGCGGCAAAGUUCGAGAAGAUGAAGAGCUCGCUGUCCAGUGAAGUCGACGAGAGGGCCUGCAAGUUGGCGGAAGUGGAGGCGGAGUGCCAGAAGCUGCGUGAGGAGACGCAGCGGCUCCAGGCGGAGCUCGAGGGGCAGAAAGCGCAGCUGGCCCAGUCCGUGAGGCCGGAGGAGCACCGGCAGCUGAAGAGCCGGUACGAGCAGAGAGCCCAGGAGCUGGAGAGGACGCAGGCGGAGCUGGGGAUGCAGAACCAGGCCCUGCGGAAGGAGGUGGAGCGAGCCCACGCCGAGAGCGGCCUGCUGAGAGGGCAGGUGGACACGCUGCGCGGCGAGAUGAGGAGCCAGUACGUGCCUUUGAGAGCCACCGAAGAACUGAAGAGAGCAAACAGGAAGGCGCUGGAGGAGCUGAGCGGGAAGCUCGUGGAGGCCACUGAGAAGUGUCGCGGGCACAAGGCAGAGGUGGAGAAGUUGCUGGCGGAAAAGGCCUCCCUCGGGGAGAGCCUGGCACAGCUCCAGGCCACGUACGUCCCUCCGGAGAAGCACCAGCAGGAGACGGGAGCCUUGAACGCCACCAUCGCCGGCCUGCAGGAGCAGCUGGCCACCCUGGGCCAGGCGUCCGAAGAGGAGGGAGCCAAGGCCCGCCAGCUGGGCGCUGAAAACGCGUCUCUUCGGAAGGCGAUCGAGGAGCAGUACGUGCCCGUUUCAGCUCACGAGGAGGCCAAGCAGGCCCUGAACGGCAUGCUGGAAAAAACAGGCCGGGAGCUGCUGGAUCUGAAAGAGAGAAUGGAAGGUGUGAAGCAGGAGUUUGUGAAAGGGAAUGAGGAGAAGGCGGAGUUGAAGAAGAAGCUGGCCGCUCUGCAGGACCGGAUCGAAGGGGAAUAUGUGAGCAAGAAGGAUCACGACAGUCGCGUUUCCGCUCUGAGCAGGAGCGUUCAAGAGCUCCAGCAAAGCAACACCGAACUGCUGGGGAAGUACCAGGCCAAGGAGGAAGAGGUGUCGCAGCUGCACGCAGAGAUUGAGGCCCAGAAAAAGGAGCUGGACACGAUCCAGGAGUGCAUCAAGUCCAAGUACGCCCCCCUGGCCGCUUUUGAAGACAAGGAGCGGGCCUUUGAGGCCACCGUCCGAGAGCUGCGGGGCCGGUUGCAGGAGCAGGAGAAGCGGCGCGGGGAGCAGGAGGAGGAGGCCGAGAGGUGCCGCCGGGAGAGCGAGAAGCUGCGGGCCGGGAUCCAGUCAGUCCAGAGCGACCUGCAGCAGAACUACAUCCUGGCCGAAAAGUCGCACGAGAUGGAGAGGGCGUUUGCCGGCAAGAUGGAGGACCUGAACAAGCAGCUGCAGGAGCUCCAGCAGAAGUUCGCGGAGAUCAAGGGCGAAAAGGAGCGGCUCCAGGAGGAGAGCGCCCGGCAGCGUCUGGAGGCCGCCGAGGCCCAGAGCCGCCUCCAGGGCCAGUGCGUCCCCGUGGAGCAGGUGGAGGCCCUGAAGCGGGUCCUCGGCGACACCAUCGAGGACCUCAAAGGAGAGCUGAGCGGCAAGGCGGCCGGUUGGCAGCAAGAGCUCCAGAAGGCCCAGGCCCUGCAGCAGGAGCUGGCUGGCCUGAGGGCCACGUCCGUGCCGUUGGCUGAGCACGCCCAAGUCAAGGAAGCGCUGGAGAGAGAGGCGGCGGCCGCCCGAGCCGCCCUGAGAGAGAAGGAAGAGGAGAGCCAGAGGCAGGGCGAGGAGGUCUCCCGGCUGCAGUCCGACAUCCAGAGCACAAAGCAGGCCCUGAAGGAGCUGGAAGGCCGGGAGGCGGCGGAGCGCUCCGAGCACGAGGCGGCGAGGGCCCGCCUGGAAGCCCAGGUGCAGAGCCUGGCGGGGGAGGCGGCGGAGCUGAAGGAGAAGCUGGGGGCCAUGCGGGAAGAGGCCACGCGGGCCGAGGCGGAGGACGAGAAGGAGGAGCUGCAGACCCGGAGCCUCAGCAUCGAGCAGGAGAUCCGGGACCAGAAGGAGAGGUGCGACAAGUCCCUGAGCACCAUCACGGAGCUGCAGGAGAGGAUCCAGGAGUCCGCCAAGCAGGUGGAGGCCAAGGACAACAAGAUCACGGAACUCCUCAACGACGUGGAGCGGCUGAAGCAGGCCCUCAAUGGCCUCUCGCAGCUGACCUACAGCAGCGCCAUUCCAGCCAAGAGGCAGGCCCAGCAGGCGGAAGGGCUCCAGAGCCAGGUGAAGACCCUGCAGCAGCAGCUGGCUGAUGCUGAGAGGCAGCACCAGGAGGUCAUCUCAAUAUACCGGACUCACCUUCUUAGUGCUGUUCAGGGUCACAUGGAUGAAGACGUCCAGGCAGCCUUACUUCAGAUCCUGCGUAUGCGUCAAGGGCUAGUCUGCUAAUGGGGGUCGCUGCUUCUGCUAAGACUCCAGAGGCAGCCGUAAAAUGUACUAACCUUUCAGGGCUUCUUUCUCUCUUAGGCUUUUCUGGUUACAAUUGUUGAAAGCACUGCUUCCCUCCCACUUCUGUCAAGAGUGCGAGGGGGGGGGGGGAAACGCUAUUUUUUUUGAACAACGCAAAAAAGGGCUAUUGUUAACUGACAAAGCUUUCUGAUCUGCCUGUUUGGAAGGCAGUAGUUCAUGGCUUUUAUUUUCAUGGUAGUCAAAAUGAUGACACAAGCCAAGUUCUGAAUGUCUGAUUGACCGCAAAAGGCUAAAGUAAGACUCUUCUUCUUCUUUCCGUGCCUCAACAACUCCAGUUUCCCCUUGUUGAGAAAUGCAGAGUGUGAACAAGCACAGGAGGACCCCUGAACCAAAGCCACUGUAGCCAGAAUUCUGUACUCUUGGUUUUCAGAAUGGAUUUCUUUUUCAAGACGACACUUGGAGUCGCUUGUGUCCAGUGUGAUUGUACCUGCAGCGACGGCAAGCAGGAAGCAAGCGAAGUGGCACGCAGCCUGUCUUGCGGCUUGGCUGGCCAAGUCGCAUCUUCCAAAGUCGCUGUUGGGAGCAGUGCCUUUUUAAGUCCUCUCUCUGUGAAAGAGCUCCACAAAACUCUUAACGGCUGUAUGGUGUUGGGUUUUUUUUGCAAGAGGUAUUUUCCCCCCCCCCCCCACGGCUUCUUCAUUACUCUGAUUACACGUUUCAGAAAUAGCAGGUCUGGAAUGAUUGCAAAUGAAAAGCUGCUCCCGUCUCUCAAAACGCAGCAGCCCGGCAUUGUGCGAAAGAAUUCUCUGAACGUGGGGGUGGGGUGGGGGGCUUUUACUGAAGUACGAAAGCAACCGUUGGAACAGCCUCAAAAAAACCCUUUUCCAGGACGUAUUUGCUGAAACCGAUGGCACACAGGCCCGGCAAUAGAAGCCCCGGGAUUUUGGGAGAGGCUGCCCCCCCCCCCAGCGCAGCCUUGUGGUGAAGUGGGCAGAGAGAGGAGAUAGAUUGCCAACUGCUCAGAUGUGUGUGGCUCAGCAAAAAUGAGUGCCAGGGAAGAGGCUGCGUUUUGAGGGGAAAUAUCUGCUAGUAGCUGAAGAGGCAGGUGAAUUGGCCCCCAGCGGAUGUUUCCCUCUGAAACAGAGGCCGCUUUUCCUUGCGGGCUUCCUGCUACCUCCUGGUCCCUGCUCUGGUGCCUCCCACACGUAAGGCACGAUCCCCGUUGGACCCUCUCCUGUGCUGGUCUCACGGAGUUGCGUUCUUGUGCCACGCUUGUGCGGGACAGAGCGUCUGGCGGAGAUGGUGCUCUUAGAUAUCCCUGUCUGCCAAAAAUGGGCCCCGUUGCUCUGAAUAUCGCUCUGCCGGCCUUUGCGGGAGCCAGACGCAGCUGCCGUCUGAUCAGUUGCAGCGCCGAGCAAUGUUCUUUUCCGCUUCUGAAUACUAUAUUUUGUAAAUUAUGUAUUAUAAUACAUGAGGCUGGCUUUUAUUUAUGCAGGGAGAUGCCUCUGUAGGAAAGAGAGAGCCGGCUGGCUGUCUUGUCUUGUGUUGUGUGAGGAACACUGCAAGACUGCUUCUUUUCUCCCCCUUUUCCUCUUCUAAGUAUGCUUACGGUAAUUCCAAAGACUAACACUGAAUCCUGGAUUUCUGGAAAAGCCAAAAUCCUUAAACUGGGAGUAUUAAAAGGGGGCUGCUUUUUAAGGAACGCCAGCUUCCUCAUUUCAGUGCCCUAAAGAGCGAGUCGAGUGUGUCAUGCCGCAAGCCACCCCCCCAAGGCCAAAAACAUCUCUUCUGCUCAAAGGCCAUUCUGGCCCAGGGUGGGUUGCACGUAUUCACCGGUUGGUACUGAAGAGGGUAUCCUGGAUCUUCCCUGUCGUGCCUGCGCCGCAAGGCGUGAGGCUUGCUGGAUAUGCCAAAGGGCCUGCGAGCAGGCCGAGAAACCUCACUGUGAAGCCACAAGUGCCGCUCUGCCUUCAUUACCGGUUUCUGGACUUGCAAGUGACCGAGGCGGCUCCCAGUAUCAACAUGAGCCGGCUGGCUGCCAUAAGCCAAGACCUGACCUCAGAACCUGCCUGACUCGGGGGGGGGGGAGGGAUUCCUCCCUCCUUGCAGCAGCCCUUGCUGCCAAUCCUGGGGGAGGGUCAUCCCUGUCGCAAGCAGCAGCCCCCCCCCCCAAAAAAAGAGCCUGCCUGGCCAUUGGGCUGGGUCGGGGAGAGAAAGAAGGGCGUCGAGAGUCCGGCAGACUUCCAGGGAGCACUUCCAGCUCCGACAGCCGCUCACGGCCUCGUCUUGAAGACAGUCCAGCGUGGAACCGGCGUGCCAAGUGUCCCUUCCUCCUCCUCCUCCGACCAGCACUUUGACCUCUGGUGGUUUUGAUAUCUUCGUACUAACACCACGGCCACUGUAACUUUUCUUACGCGGGAAGACGUUUUGAGUAUUUUUAUUCCCUCUUCCCUGCAUUACAUAUCAAUAAAAGUUUUUAUCUU